AUGGAAGAGGACCCUCUCCUUCCCAGGAGUUACGGCACUAUGCCUCGGUAUCCCGCUCACGACAACGCAGUCUUCCCGCCUUCAUUACGAGGGAAGCGCAUCCUGCUCUGCACCGAGUCCUUUGGUCCUGUCAAUGGAGUUAGCAGAACAACGCUGAUGCUUGUGGAGCAUCUUCGAUCGCAGGGCGCACUCGUCGCCGUCGUCGCGCCGCACAACCACACAAAGCACAACACAUUCUUCCCCUCUUCGAACACCGACGACAGCCAGGUCGAAGUGCGCCUCACGGGCUACCCAUUACCGUUCAACCCGGAGCUCUCGGUCGUGUACCCCGUGCGCGUGUCGACUCUCUUCUCGAGGACGUUCGGUUCAGACACCCCUCCCGACCUCAUAUAUCUCGCCUCGCCCGCGUCGCUCGGCUUCCAGGUGAUGCUGCAACUACAGCAACAGCCCAGGGAAAAGCGCGUGCCUGUCAUCUGCAACUUUCAGACCGACCUGGCAGGAUACUGCGCCAUUCUCUUCCCUCAUCCAUUCAGCACCUUUGCGGUCUUCGCCUUCUCCAUGGUUCAGAGCUUUCUGUUCCGGCACGAGUCCGUCAAGACCGUCUUCUAUCCUUCACGCUUCGUGCGCAGAUAUCUCGAGGCCCAGGGCGUCCAGGGUUCCAAGAUGGAGCUUCUGCAGCGCGGUGUCACCACCGACGUGUUCCGGCCGGAGCUGCGCAGCGAGGCGCUGAGAAAACAGAUUGCCCCCAACGGGGAGAUCAUCCUGAUAUGCGUCUCCCGGGUGGCGGGCGAGAAGGGCUUUGGCUUCUUGGCCCAGGUCGCCAAGGAGCUUGACGCGCGCGGUCUGCGGUUCAAGCUGUACGUUGUCGGGGGCAACCGGAAUCCGGACGUAGAGAGAGAGGUUCACGAGAUGUUUGAUCCUCUGAGGGAGCAAGGCAAGGUCAUUUUCGCGGGGUUCAAGACGGGCAACGACUUGGCGACCGCGUAUGCGUCGGGGGACAUCUUCCUUCACUGCUCCAUCACCGAAACGUUUGGCCUCGUCGUGCUCGAGUCGAUGGCCAGCGGCGUGCCUGUCGUCGCAAGAGACGAGGGCGGGCCGAGCGACAUCAUCGAGGACGGCCGCUGCGGAUAUCUCGUGCAGCCGGACGACCUCAACGCGUUCGUCGAUAAGGUCAUGUACCUCUCCAAAGACCGAGACUGCCGACAGGCCAUGGCGGUGCAAGCCAGGGCGAAGGCGUGCGACGCAUCUUGGGAGAAGAUCAACAACCAAGUCGCCUGGCGAAUGGCCGACACCAUCGAGCAGCGUGAGCGCGAGAAGGCUCAGAUCGUCCACCAGCGGAUGUCGAUCGCCAUGCAAGCCAGCAGACUGGUGCCCAUGUACAGCUGGUUACUCAUGAACAGUGCCGUGCGCGAUGUCUUGGUCGGGAGAGUGGUGGACGCCAAGCUCGCCGGCGGGUUCUCAGUUGUCAUGGUGUUCUGGUGCUUCACGGGGAUUUAUUUGGCCUUCACCGAGGUCAGCCUCUGGGUCAAAGGCGUGCUGCCACGGGUUUGGGGGCGAGCACGAGGCCAGGUUGCCGCUUGA